UGCAUAUCGCGCUUGUUGGGGCUCUUCUCCAAUAUCUUUCUUAGUGUUUUCAGACGCCCGCCAUGACAGCCGGAUCUUCAAAGGACGCAAUCAAUGUGGCAGAGAUAGAACAACAUGAGCAACUCAACACAAGCAGCAAGCUACCGGAUGUCUCUGAAGUAGAAAUAACGCCUCUCCUGAAGAACAGCUCUCCUAACAACUCCCCAUACAAACAUGGUGCUCACCAGAUGCGCCCUCGCAACAUUUUGAUUGUCAUGACAGUGUUGAUUCUAAUUGUUCAAUGUGGCGACCAAAUCUCGGAAGCGCCGUUGACAAGGAUAUUCGAGUCGAUAUACUGCUACCAAUACUGGGAGCAAGAGGACCCAUCCAAGAUUUUGAUCCCCAGAUCCGCUAUAGGACCAGGCGCGCUGGGGGGUGUUGAAGAGAGAUGGUGCAAGGUGGCUGAAGUACAGGGCAAAGUUGCCAUGCUGAAAGGCACCCAGCAAUUCCUAGAUUGUAUUCCAGGUCUCAUACUAUCCAUCCCAGUAGGCAUCUUAGCAGAUAGAUGGGGGAGGAAGCCCAUUGUUGUGCUGGGCCUUUGCGCUUUUCCAUUGAGUCUAGCAUGGAAGUUGUUCGUUUGUUGGUUUUGGCAGAGUUUGAGUCUCCGAGUCUCUUGGUUUUCAGCUUUGCAUGCUCUUGUUUUUGGAGGCUCACCAGUCUUAUCAGCCAUGCUGUUCGUGAUUAUUAGUGACGUGACUAAUCAGGAUACCAGGUCAGCCAUUUUGUUGCGUAUCUUCUCUGCAAACUUGUCGGCCAAUCUCAUUUGUCCACCAAUUGCAGCUUGGAUCAUGACACGCAAUCCAUUGGUUGCAGUGUUCAUCGGAGUAGGAUGUUUUGCAAUCGGUGCGCCCAUAUGUCUAUGGAUCCCAGAAACACUUGGAUAUCAACAGCCGAUCACAAAGUCCGACGAAGAAAGCAACGACGAAGAAGAGUCACGAUCGACAUCAGCGAUCCGCAUCCAGGGCUUCCUCCGCCAAUGUUAUGAGCCCCUGGUCGAAUCAACCGACUACUUCCUGCAAGACAAGCGAGUCAUCCUUUUGAUCGUCACUUUCGUUCCUAUCAUGCUUACCGUAACGCUUGUACCAUUGCUGCUCCAGUACACAAGUACUCGCUACGGCAUGACCUUUUCAGAAGCAACACUGCUGCUGACCGUCAGAGCUGGUGUCACCAUAGUCAUGUUCUUAGGCAUCCAAUCUUGGAUCUAUCACCUCCUCGCCAAAGCUGGCAUGAGUGGGCAAAAAAGAGAUUUGCUCCUCGCGCGCGGUAGUGCUUGCCUGCUGUUCAUCGGCUGGACUGCCAUAGGGUUUGCGCCUAAUGCUUUCUUUUUCACCAUAAGCUUGAUGGUGGCCACACUAGGAAAUGGCUUCCCAGUCUUCCUACGCUCCUUCUUGACAGGAUUAGUCGCACCGAACAAGGUGGCAGAGCUCUACACUAUCAUUGGUGUCGUCGACACUUUGGGGCUCAUGCUUGGUGGACCUUUGCUCGCUUGGUUGUUUGAGAGAGGUAUGCAGCUAGGAGGCACCUUCAUUGGCUUGCCUUUCAUGGGGCUAGGCCUGGUCUAUGCUGUAGUGUUGGCUUCUCUGCUAAAGAUUGGCCAUUCUAAGCAUGCGCAUAUGAUGCAAGAAGACGUUGAUGGCGCCGCUGAGUAACGUGGAUAAUACUGCAUGUCGAAUGCAUGUAUCAUAAUCAGGCUCGCUCGAUGUGAGAGCACAGAAUCACACUGGCCUAAAAACCACUAUGCCAUCUGACAGUGAUGUGAUCUUGCUUAUGAGAGCGCGAACCCGAGUCCAGGAUGUCAAUCAUUGCACUUCCUUGCCGGGAUUCAUGGUUGUUGUGUCAAGAUCACAUAGUCCUGGCAUACGAAGUGGAUGACAAAUGGAUUGAACAUAUGAAUAUAUAAGGCACUUUUUACACAAAUCUCUAGCCUGGCAGAUAUCAAGCCUAUGUAGCAUCCGGAUACGAUAUGAUCG